AUGGACAGUUUGCUUGACGACGUCACAGAACUAUAUGCCUCCUCCGAUGAAUCGACCAUCUUGAGCGAAGAUGAGAAUUUGCUGCAUGAUGACGCUGCUCAAGCCUUGGUUGUGCCAGUUCAUUAUGAUUCAUCCGAAGAUGACGAACAUGGAGACGACAGUGAGGAAGAUGACGGAGAAUUUUGGGACGAAGAUGCUAUUCCCUAUGACCGAUUCGUUUUCAGAGUAUCGGAAGGUGAAUCUGCCGAAACACCGGGAGCGACAUCUCCAGCGCCACCAAGCCCGAAGCCACCAGCUGUUGGGGGAAUUGCAGGGACAUACGAUCCGAAUUACCAAACUCUGGCUGGUGUAGGUGGUGACGUCUUUGGAGCAGACAAAAAAGCGCUGAAGGUGGAGGUGCACCGAAGCCUGCAGCCCCUGCUGAACUCACGAUCCGAAUUAUCAAACCCUGGCUGGAAUCGGGGAGAUGUGUUUGAGAAGAAGGACGGUGGAGGAGGAGGUGGUGGUGCAGCACCCAAGCCUGGAGCAGGCGGAAUGGCUGGUACAUUUGAUCCGAACUAUCAAACUCUUGCUGGAGUUGGUGGCGAUGUAUUUGGAGCUGACAAGAAAGGGGCUGGUGGAGGUGGAGGUGGUGGUGGAGGAGGAAAGCCCGUAGCUCCUGCAAACCAGGGUGCAAAAGCAGGUACCUAUGACCCGAACUACCAAACUUUGGCUGGUAUUGGUGGCGAUGUAUUCGGAGCGGACAAGAAAGGAGGUGGUGGUGGAGGUGGCGGAGGUGGCGGAGGAAAACCUGUAGCACCUGCAAACCAGCAAGCAAAAGCGGGUACCUUCGAUCCGAACUAUCAAACCUUGGCUGGAGUUGGUGGCGAUGUAUUUGGAGCGGACAAGAAGGCGGCUGGAGGUGGUGGUGGAGGGGGAGGAGGAAAGCCUAAAGCUCCUGCGAAUCAGGGCGCCAAAGCCGCAACAUUUGAUCCCAAUUAUCAAACUUUGGCUGGAAUCGGUGGCGAUGUAUUUGGUGCCGACAAAAAGGGAGGAGGUGGCGGCAAGCCUGCAGCACCGAAAGCACCAGCAAACCUCGCAGGCACGUUCGACCCGAACUAUCAAACUCUGGCCGGUAUUGGAGGCAACGAGGUGUUUGGUGCAGACAAGAAGCGAUGA